GGCAUCUCUCACACCUCCUACCACCUAUAACCUCCGUUCCCUUUCGACAAAAGUUCAGGUCACUUUUUGUCGACUACUUCGCACUCUGGGUGUGUGCUCUUCUUUAAUCUCUCCUACAACUACUCUACCCCGCCCACCGAUCCGAAAGGACUUUCGUCAAGAUGGUUCUUUUCACCGUUGACCAGAUCCGUGGUCUCAUGGACAAACCCACGAACAUUCGUAACAUCUCGGUCAUUGCCCACGUCGACCACGGCAAGUCGACGCUCACCGACUCGCUCGUCUCCAAGGCCGGUAUCAUUGCCUCGGCCAAGGCUGGUGACACUCGUUUCAUGGACACCCGUGAUGACGAGAAGGAGCGUGGUAUCACCAUCAAGUCGACUGCCAUCUCCAUGUACUUCCCCAUGAACAAGGACGAGCUCACCGCCAUCAAGGAGCCCGCCGACGGCAACGAGUUCUUGAUCAACCUCAUCGACUCGCCCGGUCACGUUGACUUCUCGUCCGAGGUCACCGCUGCCCUCCGUGUCACCGACGGUGCCCUCGUCGUCGUCGACUGCAUUGAGGGUGUCUGUGUCCAGACCGAGACUGUGCUGCGUCAGGCCCUCACCGAGCGCAUCAAGCCCGUCGUGUGCGUCAACAAGGUUGACCGUGCUCUCCUCGAGCUCCAGGUCGGCAAGGAGGACCUCUUCCAGACCUUCUCGCGUACCAUCGAGUCCGUCAACGUUAUCAUCGCCACCUACGCCGACAAGGUGCUCGGCGAUGUCAUGGUCUACCCCGAGCAGGGCACCGUCGCCUUCGCUUCCGGCCUCCACGGCUGGGCCUUCACCCUCCGCCAAUUCGCCCAUCGCUACGCCAAGAAGUUCGGUGUCGACAAGGACAAGAUGAUGCAGAAGCUCUGGGGCGACAACUACUUCAACCCCAAGACCAAGAAGUGGUCGACCAAGGACUCGGACGCCGAUGGCAAGCCUCUUGAGCGUGCCUUCAACAUGUUCGUCCUUGACCCCAUCUACCGCAUCUUCGACUCGAUCAUGAACUUCAAGAAGGACGAGGCCACCAAGCUCCUUGAGAAGCUCGAGGUCGCCCUCACUCAGGACGAGAAGGACCUCGAGGGCAAGGCUCUCCUCAAGGUCGUCAUGCGCAAGUUCCUGCCCGCUGGUGACGCCCUCCUGGAGAUGAUUGUCAUCAACCUCCCCUCGCCCAAGACGGCGCAGAAGUACCGUGUCGAGGCUCUCUACGAGGGUCCUCUCGACGACGAGUCGGCCAUCGGUAUCCGUGACUGCGACCCCAACGGACCCCUCAUGCUCUACGUUUCCAAGAUGGUCCCCACCUCGGACAAGGGCCGCUUCUACGCCUUCGGCCGUAUCUUCUCGGGUACCGUCCGCUCGGGCCCCAAGAUCCGUAUCCAGGGCCCCAACUACACCCCCGGCAAGAAGGAGGACCUCUUCGUCAAGUCGAUCCAGCGUACCGUCCUCAUGAUGGGACGUUACAUCGAGCCCAUCGAGGACUGCCCCGCCGGAAACAUCAUUGGUCUCGUCGGUGUCGACCAGUUCCUGCUCAAGAGCGGUACCCUCACCUCGUCCGAGACGGCCCACAACAUGAAGGUCAUGCGCUUCUCCGUCUCGCCCGUCGUGCAGGUCGCCGUCGAGGUCAAGAACGCCAACGACUUGCCCAAGCUCGUCGAGGGUCUCAAGCGUCUCUCCAAGUCGGACCCCUGUGUCCAGGCAUGGAUCUCCGAGACUGGUGAGCACAUUGUCGCCGGUGCCGGUGAGCUCCACCUCGAGAUUGUCCUCAAGGACCUCGAGGAGGACCACGCCCAGAUCCCCCUCAAGAUCUCGGACCCUGUCGUCGGAUACCGUGAGACUGUCCAGGCCGAGUCGUCGAUGACUGCUCUGUCCAAGUCGCAGAACAAGCACAACCGUCUGUACGUCACUGCGCAGCCCCUCGACGAGGAGCUCUCCAAGGCUAUCGAGCAGGGCAAGGUCAACCCGCGUGACGAUGUCAAGAUCCGCGCCCGUUUCCUUGCCGACGAGUACGGAUGGGACGUCACUGACGCCCGUAAGAUUUGGUGCUUCGGUCCCGAGACCACCGGCCCCAACCUUCUCGUCGACACGACCAAGGGAGUGCAGUACCUCAACGAGAUCAAGGACUCGUGCGUUGCCGCCUUCCAGUGGGCCUCCAAGGAGGGCCCUUGUGCCGAGGAGCCCGUCCGUGGUGUCCGCUUCAACAUCAUGGAUGUCACCCUCCACACCGACGCCAUCCACCGCGGUGGUGGUCAGCUCAUCCCCACCUGCCGUCGUGUCUGCUACGCCGCCUCCCUCCUCGCGCAGCCCGGUCUCCAGGAGCCCGUCUACUCCGUCGAGAUCCAGUGCCCGGAGGACGGACUUGGAGGUAUCUACUCGACGCUCAACAAGCGUCGUGGUCACGUCUACGCCGAGGAGCAGCGCCCCGGUACCCCCAUGUACACCGUCAAGGCAUACCUGCCCGUCGCCGAGUCCUUCGGCUUCAACGCCGAGCUCCGUGCCAACACCGGUGGUCGUGCCUUCCCCCAGUCCGUCUUCGACCACUACGCCCUCAUGGGUGGUGUCGCGAACGACAAGACUGGCAAGCUCUACGAGCUCGUCAAGAAGAUCCGCACGAGGAAGGGUCUCAAGGAGGACGUGCCGCCUCUUGACACUUACUACGACAAGCUCUAAUCGAUUAGUCGUAGCGCAGUGAUAAAAGGAAAGGUGUCACGUAGUGGAAGUCUGCUCAGUCUCUUCUGCUUCUCUUCUCAUCUCUCUCAUCGAUCAAUCUUCAUUUCCGUUUCCUCUCUAUGCGAUCGUCUGGCAACGAAGUCUGGUCACGCAAGACG